AUGCAUGCAGAAACCGUCUCAAAUUCUGGCAGCUACCUCCUUGAUUCUAUACAGAGAUUUAACGGAGAUUUUACCUCGAGCGACGCGGUAGGCUGUGAUAGCCUGGAGUCAGGGCCGGGAGCGCCACGUGAUCGAGAGUGGAGGCGGUACCGGGGGGUGAGGCGGCGGCCCUGGGGGAAGUUCGCGGCGGAGAUAAGGGAUUCUGCUAAAAAAGCCACGAGGAUUUGGCUGGGAACCUACGAGACGCCGGAGGAUGCGGCGUUGGCUUACGACCAAGCGGCUUUCGACUUGCGUGGCUCACGAGCGCGGCUCAAUUUUCCGCACCUUAUUGGCUCGGCGGCGGCCGGCGGAGGAGCCGAUGGAUCCAGUUCAAUUGGCCGGAGCAAUGGAUGGCCGCCCGAAGAAGGGGAGAAUCGAUGGUGGAUACGAGCUUAA